AUGGCAACCAGCAGCAGCGGCAACACGACGGUGACUCUCCGCAGCUCGGACGGCGAGGAGUUCGUGGUCCAGGCGGACACGAUCGCGGCGGCGUCGGUGCUGAUCAAGAACAUGCUGGAGGAAGGCUGCGCCGCCGGCGCGAUCCCGCUGACCCAGGUGACGGGCCGCAUCCUGGCCCGCGUCGUCGACUACUGCAACCGCCACUACGCCGACGCCGACGCGGCCGCGUACGUCGUGAAGACCACCUUCUCGUCGGGCGACCCCGACCUGGAUCGGUUCGACACCGACUUCGUCAGCGGCGUCGACCAGGACACGCUCUUCGACCUCCUCCUCGCCGCCAACUACCUCGAGGUGCAGGGCCUCCUUGACCUGGCGUGCAAGACGGUGGCCGACCAGAUGAGGGGCAAGACGGUCGAGGGCAUGCGCGCGCACUUCAACAUCCUCAACGACUACACCAAGGAGGAGGAGGCCCAGGUCCGCAGCGAAGUUGCAUGGGCCUUCGAAUGA